CACCCUCUCUCACCCCAUCUCCACCCUCCCCCAUGGGUUUCUGAGUGUCUUGUGGUUAACUUGACCAAGAGCCACAUGAUCAAUUGUGUCACCAAGGAAACCGAAACCCCAUGUUUGUUUUGCGCAACUCCUUUUCUUGUUUACCGCCUUAUUUCACAUGGCCAACAACAAACAAGUCAGUGUGAGUAAAUCAUGUCAGUGAAUCAUCACAGUGCUUGUUUGUAAAUUCAAAAAUCUAUUCAAAAUGGAAUAAGUAAAAAUUCUGAUGUCUCCUUUCUCACUAUAAGAGUGUUAAAAGAUUAGAAUUCCUUGGUAAAUAGGAGAUUAUAUCUUUGGCAAACAAGUGUUCUUGGCAUAAGACAAAGCCAUCCAUGAUUCAAUUGAACACAUUAUUGGAAAACAACAUGGCUGUUAGCAAAUACAGACAGAUCAGGUGGUCAAGAUGCUCUCGGGUGUCAGUUUCAGAUUUAUGCCUUACUUCAGCUUUUUAUAGCGAUUUGAUAUUCCAGGAGUUAUUUGUCACGUCUCUGUAGCCCCCUAAAAUAAAUUGGUAGGUCUCCUGAAGAGGGGCUGGGUACUGAAGCUCAGUCUAGUGGUGACCCUCCUGUCAUGUCAACGUGUACGCUACUCCUGGUGUCUAAGGCAGGCUGUGGGAUCAGCGAAUCUCCCCAGCCCCCACUACAGACAGACCUCUCCGAGCACUGCAUACUGUCAGGACACCACUGCCUGCUCUCUGGGGAAAGCAACACGCUUGGAGAAUGCAUUGAGCACUUUGAAGCUGCCGAUUUUUGCAGUCAUUUUGGAGCUGGAGGACAUUUUUCCCAGUUCUUGGAGUCUUCUCUCAGGGGUGAAAUUGUGGUGCAAAGUGCACAUUGUAUUGGACAAAAUAUGCCUGCGGAGAACUGUGCAGACCAAACUAAGGUGUCUGGACGAGAGGCGCACAAAGGAAAUGACCAUGCUUGUGGACUUUGUUUAAAUUCCAUGGAUCAGAAAAGCUCUUUUGAUUCAACUGAAGACUCUGAAGUCCAAGGACUAAACGAAGCAAUGGAGCACAUUUAUGAAGCCGGUGAAGUAGAGUUUGAACAGCGUAUUGGUACACCAGAGUUACCUGAACAAAGCUACGGUACAGAAACCCUCUGUGUUCACAGUGAGUCCUCUCAAAUAUGUCAAACUGAGGAAGUGUUCUUUGAAAAUGGUUUAUGCACUAAUCUUGUCUCUACUUCAGAGGUUUCAGAACAGCACAAUGAACAGAAUGUACAAUCUGAACAAAUUAAGAGCACAGCAGAGCUGCAGACUAAUAAUUUUGAAUCUUCUCAGCAAAGUAGGUCAUUUGGAGUAGGUGCUGAUCUUGGUGAGACAUUUGAACUCAAUUCUCAAUUAAGUACAGUUUCUGAGGAGCUCGUGGACCCAGAUGAAGGUGGGCCUUUACACAGCGAGCUGCCUGACCCUAUUAUUGAACACACAGAGUCAUUUCAACAAUGUGAACCUUGUACACAAUACAUCAGCUCUCAUGAGGAGGCUGAUUAUACCGAGGUGUCAGAAAGUGAAGUGUCUGAGAGGGCUUUUGAAAAGCUCCCCGAACGUGACUGUGAAACUGCCGCUGAUGUUUUCAAGUCCUCUGAACAUAGCAUCUCAGCGGUUGACUGUGAAUUAGGUGAACACCUCACACCCACAGACCUCAAAGCUGAAAAUUGUGAGGCUUAUGAUACAUUUGUUGAACAGCCAUGUGACGUGAAUGACGGCGGCGAACAGCCUGUGCCCAGCGAGGAUCUACGUCAUUAUUGUGCAUCUUUAGAGAACAGUCAACAUGCACGACUCUUGUGCUCUAUUGAAAACACAGAGGUUUUGAAAGAAUCGAUGCUUCCUGAUGCUGCGGCAGAAGAGUGUCAGCCGACGGUCAACUCUGCUGAACACUGCAAGACCCCUGAACAAUGUGAAUCCUCUGAACACUUUGAGUUGGCUAAACAAUGCAGCUCCCUUGACAGCUGUGCUAAAUACUAUUGCGCCACCAAAAUAAACAAGCCAUGCCAGCACCACAGCGCUCACUGUGAGCAGCUCAAAGACAGACAGAAGACCCAGUGUAAGUCUGAAAGUGAUAUUUUACUGUCUGGAUCAAUGGAUACCUUUGAAAACUUAUGGAUCUCUCAGUUCGUAAUUGAACCUACACCUGACACUUUGUCUUUAGAAGAAUAUGAAUGCUGUGAAAACUGUGAUCUCUGUGAUCACUCCUUUGAACACAUGGAGGCGAAUGAAGAUGGACUAAGUCCUGACCACUGUGAUUCUCUACAACUGGAAGAAAAAGUGCAGUCUUGUGGUCAUUCCUUUGAGUGCAGUAACAGUGAAGUCUCUGUGCAUUGCAUUGCUUGUGAAGAGAGUGAGACUGCAGAGUGCAGUGCAGUAUCUUAUCACAAUGUAUCCUCACAUCGAACGGAAUCUCAAGAGGACAUUUUAUGUGGACUAUGCACUGAUUGUGAAGGACACAAGAAUCUUGAUUUCCUUCUUAAUCAUAAUGGACUCUUUGAACAUAGUUCUGAUGAAGUCAGUGAUAUUAGUACUUCUGACAAACCUGAUGUGGAGUCUUUGGAUGGAAGUGAAGGGGAUGACUAUCAUCCCUGUGAUGAGAAAAGCCAAGACAGUUCAGAAACUGGUUCUUUUAAAACCUGCUCUGAUGGAAAUGAAUCUGAUGAAAACUGUUCUGAGUCUUCUUACAGCACAAGAGACAAACUUCAAGCUGAAGAGACGGAGGAAAAUGACCCCUAUCCCAUCCACGAGGAGUCGUUUGUGUCACCACAUGUCGACAGUCAGGACAGUUACAGGCAUUAUACAGAGGAUGGGAUGGAUGCUGAAGAUGAAUCAUGUGAAUUCUCACUGGAAGGUGAGGAUCAGACCUGUGCUAAUGUAUGGACUGCAGAAGACCGACAAAGUGCUGAUCUCUGCACUGUAGACAGCCAGUUUUCCAGUGUUGAGGAACUGUACAUUGAAGAAGAUGGCAGUGAACCUGAUUCAGAAGGAGACCGUCUCGAACCCCAAAUAGAUGAGGAGGGUCCUGAGCCCCCUAGGGGAUCAGGUGAAGUUUAUGGAGACAGGCAAGUGGAGAAGACGCAACAAGGAGGUCAACUGAGCGAAUCCCCUUCUGAGGAGAAGCUUUCACAACCUUCCAUUGGGCAUGCACUUUAUCAAAGUCAAACUUUAAGAUUAUUCCUGGAAAGGCGGCGAUUGUCAGAGGCUGAAGCCUAUGGACACUGUGGUGCAGAUGUUUGUAGAUUGGAUCUAAUAUUUGAUCCCUGGGCUGAAGUGGAAACAAACAAUGAAAAAGAACCCAGUGAGGUAGUUGCUGAAGGGGUAAAAGACGGCAGUGAAGCUGGUUCUGUGCAGGAAGAAGAUUCUGAGGUGUAUCGUAAGGAUGACUCUUCAACCAUUGUCGUUGAAGGUGGUGAGGGUAUUACACCCAGUCCAGAUAACUGUGAACAUCACAGGAUUAUCCCUGAAAUUCUUUUCUCUGAAACACUGGAUGAAGAGAAAGAUGAAGAAACUGCAGAAUCGCGUGAGAAGAAUGAGGGCCUACUUAGUAGCCCUGAUAUUCCUUAUGGUAUAGAGACCUCUGAAACCCCGGAGCCUCGCUGCUUUAAAGAAACCGAUGAAGGCUGUGACGAACUCUCUGAAUUUCUCAAGCCAGAUCAAGGAGAUGGGUUCUCUGAGCAUGUUGAAAAAGCCAAGUUACCUGAGCAUAAACGCGCAGAGUCGGUGACGCCUGAAAUAUUCUUGUUGUCUGAUCUUAUUACCCAACAGACAAAGCCCACAGAGAACAGUGUUGAUCAUGCUAAGACCUCAGAAAACAAUGUUGAAUCCUCUGAACACUGUGCGUCACAUGAAUUCUUUAAGCUGGCGGAGGAAGGAAAGACCCCGGAACCAUCAGAGGAGAUUGAGGAAAUUGAGUCUGAGGAUGAAGAGAUCCCAGAGGCCUGUCAGUGCGAGUUCUGUGCCCCAACAGAUGAGGUCCCAGCCAAACCACUGCUCCCUCAGAUUAAAUCGAAAGACGCGGGGAAGAUCUGUGUAGUCAUUGAUCUAGAUGAAACACUAGUCCACAGUUCAUUUAAGCCGGUGAACAACGCUGAUUUUAUCAUUCCAGUUGAGAUUGAUGGGACUGUUCACCAGGUGUAUGUGUUGAAGAGACCCCACGUGGAUGAGUUCCUUAAACGCAUGGGUGAAUUGUUCGAGUGUGUCCUUUUCACCGCAAGCUUAGCAAAGUAUGCAGAUCCUGUGUCAGAUCUGCUGGACAAAUGGGGCGCCUUUCGCAGUCGUCUCUUUCGAGAAUCCUGCGUGUUCCACCGUGGAAACUAUGUCAAGGACCUAAGCCGCCUAGGCCGGGACCUGAACAAGGUCAUCAUUAUUGACAAUUCCCCUGCCUCCUACAUCUUCCACCCAGAUAAUGCUGUGCCUGUAGCGUCCUGGUUCGAUGACAUGUCCGACACAGAGCUGCUCGAUCUCCUCCCGUUCUUCGAGAGACUGAGUAAAGUGGACGACGUGUAUGCUGUCCUGAAACAGCACAGGACUACAAGCUAGCUCAACCACGGAGGCAGCUUUCAACUCGGGGCCAGGGAGGCCUGCUUGGGCAUCGGCCCCACGCUGCUUCCCACGUAAAGGACCAGCUUCUGUCUCGGUCUGAAUCACUUUACCCAGAAUUCCAUUCACAGGACGUUUUUCUAUUGGCUGAGAGAGACAACGGCUGGAACAUCCUUGGUUUGGUUUAGAGAUGGAACUGUGGGACUGCUUCAUUAUAUAUAAGAAAAAAAGAGAAACGUGAGAGUUGCAUUGAUCAUUUUAACACUUGAAUAUGUGUUAUUCCUCCACUUCUUUUGUUUUAUCUUAUCUUUUUUUCCCAGAAAAGGUUGAGGGAAGCCCAUCUAAAGGAACUGUGGGAAUUAUUGAAAUAAGUGCUUGUUCUUUCUGGUAUUUACGUGGUGAACAACAGCAUGUCUUGUAUGACAUCCUUUUACACCAGCUUACUUGGGUGUUUUUCUUGAGUUAAACUGCUCUCAUUCCCUCUUUUUUCAAAUUUAGUUUAUCUCAGAUGCUCAAGUGUGGACGGAACAGUAAUGGCGAUCAUGUCAGGCUCUAAGUUCUCUCUCUCUUAAUUCGCCAAAUCUUUUAGCAGAAUUUAAAAUCUUUUACCUCUUGACAUUGACAAUUGUUGUCAAGACCUCCUAAGACUGCCACAAUCAUUCUUUGUAGCAAUUUGCUCACAGCAGAGAUAAGCCUGUAUGGAUGUAAGAAAGGGAAACUGGCGUGGUCCCACUCUAGUGCCAGCCCCUGUUGUCAGCUCCCCUCUCAUGGUUCAAAAGCAAUCAGACGGAUUUGUGACCCUCACAAAUAUGCCUUAUAUCUUGCCUUAAAAAAUUGCCUUUUUUUAAUAUGAGAAAAAAAUAGAUAUUAGUUACAGUUUGAUGUAGACUUUGACAAAAAACAAUUCCAAGAAUAUGUGUUAUUUGUGAUAUUAAUCAAAGCAUAAAGAUACUGGGAUACAUUAAUACUAAUUAUUACACAUACUCUACGAAUGUUCAAUGCCUUAACCAUGUUGUGUCAUGAAAUUUGUGAAAUGCAUUAACCGGCGUCGGUCACUCGUCACCUGAUUUGAGACAUGGCCUGAGAGAGGGUACGUAGCUGACUGGAGAUCUCCCUCCCUGCGAGUACGCUUGUCAACUUGCGGCCGGGUCACUCAGCCCCUCAUCUGCUAGGACUCGGACUCAGUGUCGACUGGUGGGGGGACUCAUAGGUUCUAUAUAUGUAAACUUCUGUUAUUGAAAUCUGAUGCAAAGUCCCGCAAGUGCCAAUGCAAGUGGGCUCGAGGAGACUCUCCUUUGUGGGAUGAUGUUGUUGUUGUUUUUUAGUUUUGUUUGAGUGUUGGGGUGAGAGCACAACAAAUGUGUUGGUUGUUUUUAAAAUAAUGCUACUUUUGUCCAUUUAUAAAUUUUAAAAUGUUUUAUUUUUAAUAGAUGUUACGUUGAGAAACGCAGUGCCUUCAUGCUCUUAUUGCUAUGAUGCUGAUGAUAAUGGUAAAGAUGAUAAUGAUUAUGAUAACAAUAUCAGUACUGUGCCAAGGGGAAAGACUUGUGAACAGCAGUAUGAUUUGAUGUUCGGUUUUGACAAGCACAAUGGCUUCCUCCAUUCUCUUCAGUACUUGAAUCUGACCAUUUAUCUGUUUUACAUUUUGUUUUCAUUUAUUUUAAUCUUUGACAUAGCAUUGAAUGUAAUAUGCUUUGUAUUUCAGCAACAAUCUAGGCCUUGUGUUGAUGUCUCAAUAGGCACUUCUAGGUUAGGACCUUCAACACAUAACCUGCAAAAAGAAGAAAAAAAAAAAAAAGGAAAAAAAUAGAUACUAUAAAAUGGUACUCAUCAGGAUGAUUAAUGUUUGUACAUGAAAUUGUAACGCUCCAGAUGCAAACCUGAGAGGUUGUGGAGCAUUGUGUUGAUAUUUAGAACACCUGUUUGAACUAAAUGAAUGCUGAUAUGCUGUCAGAUAUGCCACAAAUGGCAGUCAGACUCACAUUGGACUUCUCUUUCAGAGCCCAGGGUUCGGUGUUCCUGGCUCUUACUGAUAUUCUCAGUUUCCAGGGUCUGCUCCAGUUUAUACACAUCUGUUUAAAUCAUGUAUGAUUUGUGAAUGACCAAAUCAUUGCCCAAGCACCUUCUUAAUGAAAUCAAUAAGUAAUGGAAUUGCCAUGGAGACCUGGGGCUCUGCGGGCUCACUGAAAGCCCCUGUCUGCCGGGUUUGCAUGCAGCCCACCGCGCACUGACCUUUGCACUGUAUUUACGGAGAUGAUGUGCAGUCGGCACGUGGGUUGCUGUGACCCACGUCAAGUGGCAGGUUCCUGCCGUGUUGUGAAAUCACAAAUGUAAACCUUGUGCCUUCUGCCGAGGCCUUUACUGUACACUUUCAUUUCUGGAUAAAAAGUGUGGGAUCAGUGUUUGUCUUCAUGAACAAAAAACAGAGAGAACUUUUUCAGUCCUGUUAUUGCUCCCCGUUUCCACACGUGAUGCAGGGUGUAAAUUCCCUAAGGUUAAAUAAAUAUUCAAAUGUAUGAAACCUAUCUUUAGUAAAAAUAUUUAUGAAAAAUACAUAACAUAUUAAGCUAUGAAAUAAAACAAUCAGUAUUAAUAAAUUCUGUUUUAUUUUCCGUUUUCCCACUUUGGUGUUUCUCACGUAGGCCUUAUAUCUCUGGAUUCAAGCUGAGAUUCUCUACCAUUGCUUUAUGACAAUGACUUUGUAAGAAGAAAAUAAAGUUUAACUGUAUGAUCACACCUUUUAAUACCCGUUCAUGGUGACAUGCAUACGUAGUGAGUUUUUUUUUAAUGUCACAUUGAAAGGACGCCCCCUGUAGGACCUUUUAGGAAUACAUACAAUCUUCACCUUUCGGGAAGCCAGUAUGAGAAGGGUCUCUUCAAUUAUUAAAGAGUAUAUAAAAAUGUAUAAUUUAUUUAU